AUGGGAUUGGGAAACAGUGAGAAUGAUGUGAUUGUGGAUGAUGGAGAUGGAGACGGACGUGGUGGUGGAGGAGGAUUGAAUGGCAAGUCGUUUGGAGGGUCAGUUUCAUGUUCGAUUUGUCUUGAAGUGGUUAUUGAUAAUGGGGAUCGGUCAUGGGCUAAGCUUCAAUGCGGACAUGAGUUUCAUCUGGACUGCAUCGGUUCAGCAUUUAAUGUAAAGGGUGCAAUGCAAUGCCCUAAUUGCCGGAAAAUUGAGAAGGGUCAAUGGCUCUAUGCAAAUGGUUGUCGUUCUCUGCCAGAAUUUAGCAUGGAUGACUGGGCUCACGAUGAGGACCUUUAUGACUUAAGUUAUUCUGAAAUGUCCUUCGGGGUUCAUUGGUGUCCAUUUGGGAGCCUAGCACGACUUCCUUCAUCCUUUGAGGAAGGGGAAUUUUCAUCAAAUGCAUAUCAUGAUUUAUUGGGACAACAUGCCAUAUUUGCCGAACAUACUGCAGCAGCAGUAUCAUCUGCUACUCAUCCAUGCCCAUAUAUUGCUUAUUUUGGACCAAUUCAUCCUUCAUCGUCAAACUCCAGUGGCAGUGUUUCUGAUGGUUCUAGUUUUAACAAUCACUGGAAUGGUCCAUCAGUACCUAGUGAGAUCCCUAGUUCCUAUGCUUUUCCUGCCAUGGAUAUCCAUUAUCAUAGUUGGGAGCAACAUUCUCCUCCCUUCUCUACAACCAAUCGAAUAGGUAAUGCGGAUCAGCCUUCAGUUCCACCUGUUACUCAAAGGUCGGCUAGAACUAGUUCAGAUCUUCCACCAAGAUCAGGAUCUUUCAUGCAUCCAUUCCUUGUUGGUCAUAGUUCUAGUGCUAGAGCGGGGAGUUCGCUCACUUCCACAAUGAUUCCACCUUACCAAGGCAGUAAUGCACGAGCACGUGAUAGAGUUCAAGCGCUUCAGGCAUACUAUCAACAACAACAGCCUGGCAAUUCUCCGCCUAUUCGCACACCGGUUGUUUCUGGAAGCCGAAGAUCCAGCAGUCAUAGAGGUAUGUCUCAAGUAGGAACGGUGGCCUCGUCAUCGGAUCAGACCGGUUUCUAUUUCAUUCCAUCAGGAGCAUCAAGUCGGAACUUCCAAGAGGCAGAAAAUCCUCUGCCAACUCGAUUUCGAUCAUGGGAAAGAGAUCAUCUGCCACCAUUCUCCAUUAAUCAGGUUGACAGAGAUUCAGGUUGGAGCACAUUCCAUCAGGCUGGUGGUGGUUCAGAUCCUAGCAUCAGAUCCGGCAGCUUCCGCCAAAGGCAUGGAUCGGAGAGAAUGUCAUCACAAAAUCGGUGA